AUGAGCGUGGAGGAUGAGGACGAUCUGCUCUCCAUUCAGAUUUUCGUCCCCGAGAUACAAGUCAGGAAGUGCCUGACGGUGUCGCUGGAAGACUUCGUUUGGGACGUUAAGCGGAAGUUGCUUGCCACACUUCCACAGGCUCUUCCCCAAGCCUUCAACUACGGCCUCUUCCUCCCCCCAUGCGAUGGUCGCGCCGGGAAAUUCCUGCUAGAAGACCGCCCCGUACGCGACUACCCCUUCCACGACUGCGUACCGUAUCUAGAACUAAAAUUCAAGAAGCGCGUCUACAAGAUGUUGAACCUCGACGAGAAGCAGUUGAAGGGGCUUCAUACAAAGGCCAACCUGAAGAAGUUCAUGGAUUAUGUGCAAAAUCGGAAUGCGGAGAAGGUGGAGAAGAUGUGUACGCAGGGCCUCGACUCCAACUUCCACGAUGCCGCCGGUGAAACCCCGUUGACCCUCGCGGCCGGGGUUCCAGACAACCGAAAAGUGCUGCUCGCGCUUGUCGGAGGUGGUGCUCACAUCGACUUCCGAAAUUCUGAGGGCCAAACCGCCAUGCAUAAGGCCGCUUUUCUUUCGUCGGUGGAGAAUGUGAAGACGUUGCUCGAGUUGGGGGCGUCUCCGAACUACAGGGACCCGAUCGGCUUGACGCCGUUGUACUACAACAUGCUGACGACGGACAGCAAUGAUCUGGUAGCCCAGAUGUUGCUCAGCGAGGCGGCCGAUAUGGGCGUGACGGACAUGCAUGGGAACCAUGAGAUUCAUCAGGCAUGCAAAAACGGACUCGUCAAACACGUUGAGCAUCUCCUGUACUAUGGCGGUGACGUCGAUGCGGAGAACGUCAAUGGAAAUACGCCGUUGCACGUCUGCGCUGUGAAUAAUCGUCCUGAAUGUGCAAAAGUGCUCCUCUUCCGCUGUGCCAACCAUCUAACAGCGAAUAAACAAGGCCAAACAGCGCUCCAUGUCGCCCAUAUCGUCGGAUCUGCGGCGGUGGCUGACGUCAUCCAAGGCCACGAUCCCCAUACGGCUGUACCCUACCGCGGGACACCACAAUAUUCGACAAGAAGACGGGUGUCUGUUUCGACGCUCUCGAGAAGAAGAUCACUCUCCCAGUCGUCGUUGGCGAGUCAUGAUGUGUACCGAGCCUCCCCCUCAAUCCGAGGCCACGGCAGUCGUGCUCCAUCCAUGGCACCUUCUCCCACUCCCUCCCGAGCCACCAUCGUCCCUUCGGAAUACGGCACCCUACGCCGCUUCGCGCCCGAUCAUGUCUCUUCGGGAGGCGGAGGGCAUGAAUGCAAUGUGCCGCGGAUUCUCGUGAUCCCCAGAGGUCCAAAGGGUUUCGGCUUUAUUCUGCGAGGAGCAAAGCAUGUUGACGCCGAGAUGGACUUCCACCCCUCAGCCCUCCAGCCUGCGCUCCAAUUCUUCGAAGGCGUCGACAUGAGCGGAAUGGCCAUGAAAGCUGGCCUCCGACCCGGCGAUUUCCUGCUCCAAAUCGACGGUGUGGACGUGCGAUGUGCCAGUCAUGAUCAAGUCGUUCACCUCAUCCAGCAGGCCGGGGAUACUAUCACUUUAAAGGUCAUUACCGUCGACCCAAGCCAACCCUUUCCCGGCACCGGCACCAUCGUCGCAAGGCGGCAUCAUUCCGGGGACAUCCGCGAGGAGUACUACGCCCCAAGGACCGCUUCGGUCCGGAAUCGGCCGAUGGGCUCUCGAAGAAUAUCUGCCGCCGAGUUGGAGAAUUUGAUGGUACGCCAGAAUGGGCAUCCGAUACCGCAGCAGUACCAGAGCUAUGAUCAGGAAUCCCUGUGCGGCGAUCGGCAACCAAAAAAGUUCACUUCCGUCGCGGACCUGAAGCGGCGGAAAAAUCAACGAUCGGUGGAUAGUCCGCAGCCCGGUCGUGCCGAGUUCAUGAUGAUGAACCAAGAGCCCAUCUACGGCUCGCCGGCGAUGAAGUCCUUCUCCUCCGCGCCCGACAUGGCCCAGUACGAUGAUGGCACCAUGACCGGCUCGCGCUACAGCAGCCCCUAUGCGCCACCCGCCCAGAUCUACCAAGCCCCCCAACAUAGCCACUAUGGCCACAUCGUGCAGAAUAAUAACACCAUCUACGCAAGCCAAGGAAUCUACGCGAAAAACGGGCACCACCCGCCUGGCGCCUCCGUAAUCCACGUGCCCGGGCACCAGCAGCAAAAGUACGUUUCUUUACGCAAAAUAGACGUAGAUACGUACACUUACGCCCAAGCCUUCAAGCUCCAAACCCGACAAAACGGCGCCGAUGCGACGCGGCGCGACGAGCAGCGGCCAACGAAAGCCGCCGGGGCUGGGGCGGGCGGAAAGCCGGAUUUUCAGAUGGACCUCAGAAAUGCGUUGGCCAAGCGGAGAAGCAAGGUGCAAGAAGAGGACGAGGAGGAUGACAAACGAACAGACAGCGAUGGGAGUGCUCGUUUUGGGGGUCUAUCACUUCGAGAAUCCGUCAGAGAAACCGUGACGGCUAAGAAGACGCCACAACAACACUCGCCACCAGGAAUUGGGCAUAAGAAGGAUAGCGGAUAUACGUCUUCAAGAACGUCGCUAGAACCAUCAGAAGCUGACGCUGGCCACUAUGGACAUAGCGAGGGCCAGGCAUACCAUCACGAUUCCCCGGGCAGCAAUCAUAAGGUCCAAAUCAUCAGCCAAUCGAUCGAGGACAACUACGGGAGCCGAAGAGCCGCGGAUACGAUGUCUGUCACCUCGUCGCUGUCGACGUCGUCGGCUCCCGCCCUGCCCCCGGUCGACUACGAUGACUCGGGCCACGGCGACAGCGACAACAGCGACGAUCCGAAGGAACUCAGCGAGUACGUGGCGAUGUGGAGUCGUGCCGGAGUCGACGGUCGUGCCCUCCACCGGAUGGACCGAUCCCAGUUCACACAGCUUGGCGUCACCCGCAUCGCCCACCGGCAGAGGAUCGAGGCGUCCAUUCGGCAUUUCCUGAAACCCUCCGAG